AUGACGGCCGACGAAGGGCCCCAUAAUGCGACCGCCUGCCUCGUCCUCGAGAGGAAGUACUGGUGUUUCCUGCUCUCCUCCAUCUGCACCUUCCUGGCCGGACUGCUCAUCGUGCUGGUAUGGAGGCUGUUCGCGUUCCUGUGCUGCCGCAGGGAGACCGACCUCGGACCGAACGAUCCCAAGCAGAAGGAGCAGAAGGCGGCGCGACAAGGCAAGCAGGAGUUCGAAGGGACUUUCAUGACAGAGGCCAAGGACUGGGCGGGAGAGCUGAUAUCCGGACAAACUACGACUGGCAGAAUUCUGGUCGUCUUAGUAUUUAUUCUAAGUAUAGCAUCUCUAAUAAUAUACUUCAUAGAUGCCUCAAACGAUGGAGUUGAACGCUGCCAAGAGUGGAGUGACAAUAUCACCCAACAAAUCGACCUUGCCUUCAACAUAUUUUUUAUGGUCUAUUUUUUUAUACGAUUCAUAGCAGCUAGCGAUAAAUUAUGGUUCAUGCUAGAAAUGUAUUCGUUUGUGGAUUACUUCACGAUUCCCCCGUCCUUUGCCUCCAUUUAUCUGGACCGUACUUGGAUAGGUCUGCGGUUUCUACGAGCACUACGUUUGAUGACUGUGCCAGAUAUUUUACAAUACCUGAAUAUUUUGAAAACUUCAAGCUCCAUACGCCUUGCUCAACUGGUGUCUAUAUUUAUUUCCGUGUGGCUGACUGCUGCUGGGAUAAUACAUCUGCUGGAGAAUUCUGGAGACCCACUGGACUUCAGCAACCCCCAUCCAUUGCCAUACUGGACCUGUGUAUAUUUUCUCAUAGUCACAAUGUCGACAGUUGGAUAUGGAGACGUCUUCUGUCAUACGGUUUUGGGAAGAACAUUCCUAGUAUUUUUUCUUCUCGUGGGUUUGGCAAUUUUCGCUAGUUGUAUUCCUGAGAUCAUAGACUUGAUCGGAACUAGACCAAAAUAUGGUGGCACACUGAAGAAUGAGAGAGGCCGAAGGCAUAUUGUCGUAUGCGGACACAUUACUUAUGAAUCAGUCUCCCACUUCCUGAAGGAUUUCCUGCACGAGGACAGGGAAGAUGUUGAUGUUGAAGUGGUGUUCUUGCACAGGAAACCACCGGAUCUUGAACUGGAGGGUCUCUUCAAAAGACAUUUCACAACUGUAGAAUUCUUCCAAGGUACCAUCAUGAACCCUAUAGAUCUUCAAAGGGUUAAGGUUCAUGAAGCUGACGCCUGUUUGGUUCUUGCUAAUAAGUACUGCCAAGAUCCUGAUGCCGAAGAUGCAGCUAACAUCAUGCGUGUCAUAUCAAUCAAGAACUACAGUGAUGAUAUCAGAGUCAUCAUCCAGUUGAUGCAAUAUCACAAUAAGGCGUAUUUGCUGAAUAUUCCAUCCUGGGACUGGAAGCAGGGGGACGAUGUGAUAUGCUUAGCAGAACUGAAAUUAGGUUUUAUAGCGCAAUCCUGCCUAGCACCGGGAUUUUCCACUAUGAUGGCCAACUUGUUCGCCAUGAGGUCAUUCAAAACGUCACCCGAUACUCAAGUGUGGCAAAAUGAUUAUCUCCAAGGUACUGGAUGCGAGAUGUAUACCGAAACUCUCUCCCCUUCGUUCACGGGCAUGACAUUCAUCCAGGCCAGCGAGCUCUGCUUCACCAAACUCAAACUCCUUUUGUUGGCCAUCGAGGUGAAAGGAACAGAAGGAGUGGACACAAAAAUAUCAAUAAAUCCUAGAGGUGCGAAAAUCGUAGCCAACACACAAGGAUUUUUCAUUGCCCAAUCUGCUGACGAAGUCAAAAGAGCCUGGUUCUACUGCAAAGCAUGCCACGAUGAGAUAAAGGAUGAAACAUUGAUUAAGAAAUGCAAAUGCAAAAACUUGACGACAUUCAGGAAAGGCGUCAAGGCUAUACAAUUGAUUGGGAAACCAAAUGACCAUCAUCCUCCUCCUACCUUCACUCCACCAGAGUUGCCCAAGAAAGAUCAUAUUCGAGUGGUCAACAGGAACCAGCAGAAUCACCGUAACAGUACAGUCCCUACAGCUAACAUGAUCAAUUCCAUUAAACAAGUCAAUAAAGUGAAACCAAACAUCACCAGAUCAUCUACAGAUAAUAUGGUUACUUCUCCAAGUUAUAAUUCCAGAGAGUCGGAGCAAGAACCUACAUCUUAUGCCGGCUAUCAUCUAGCCUAUGAAGUGAAAAAACUCAUGCCAACGAGUCGAAGUAGUGGAGGGACAAAUCAAAACAAUAAUGGAGUUGCUCUACCCGUUGGUUUGGCCGAUGAUCAGGCCAAAGACUUUGAUUUUGAAAAAACUGAAAUGAAAUACGAUAGCACAGGAAUGUUUCAUUGGGGACCUGCACGAAAUCUCGAAGAAUGCAUACUGGAUAGAAAUCAGGCUGCAAUGACAGUUUUGAAUGGGCAUGUCGUUGUUUGUCUAUUUGCGGAUCCAGACUCCCCAUUAAUUGGACUAAGGAACCUAGUUAUGCCUCUUAGAGCAAGUAAUUUUCAUUAUCAUGAGCUCAAACAUGUCGUCAUUGUAGGAUCGGUCGACUACAUCAGAAGGGAGUGGAAAAUGCUGCAGAAUUUACCAAAAAUAUCGGUCUUGAAUGGUUCACCUCUGAGUAGGGCAGACCUUAGAGCUGUAAACGUGAAUCUGUGCGACAUGUGUUGCAUUUUGUCAGCCAAAGUACCAAGUAACGAUGAUCCCACGUUGGCAGAUAAAGAAGCAAUCUUAGCCUCAUUGAAUAUCAAAGCUAUGACCUUUGAUGAUACGAUAGGUGUUUUGAGUCAGGCGAAUGGAACAAAAGAAGCUGGUACGCCAGUAGGAAGUCCUAUCAUUCUACAAAGACGUGGGUCAGUUUAUGGGGCGAAUGUUCCCAUGAUAACAGAAUUAGUGAAUGACAGUAACGUUCAAUUUCUGGAUCAAGAUGAUGACGAUGAUCCUGAUACGGAACUUUACUUAACUCAGCCUUUUGCGUGUGGUACAGCAUUUGCUGUGAGUGUGCUAGAUUCACUAAUGUCUACAACAUAUUUCAACCAGAACGCCUUAACCCUAAUAAGAUCUCUAAUUACUGGAGGUGCAACUCCCGAAUUGGAAUUGAUUCUAGCAGAAGGGGCAGGAUUACGAGGAGGUUAUAGUACUGCGGAUAGUUUAUCAAACAGAGAUCGUUGUAGAGUAGGUCAAAUAUCGUUGUACGAUGGACCACUUGCUCAGUUCGGAGAAACAGGAAAAUAUGGUGAUCUAUUUGUUGCUGCAUUGAAACAAUUUGGCAUGUUGUGUAUUGGACUAUACAGAUUCAGGGAUACAAGUUCUUCUUGUGAUGCAAGCAGCAAAAGAUAUGUCAUAACAAAUCCGCCAGACGAUUUUCACUUACUACCUACCGAUCAGGUUUUUGUCCUCAUGCAGUUUGAUCCUGGCCUAGAAUAUAAACAGGUGAAAGGAAAAGCCGGUACAGGUCAAGGUAGCGGAACAGGAGGAGGAGGCACAAACAAAGACGAGAACUCUUGA